GCUGCGCUCUCCGCGCUGCAGCUGAAGCUCCUCUUCAUUUGUGGCCAAAUGUGACAAGUUGGUGUGAACUUCGAGCGACUCUGAUGCCUCCUCUGUGAGCUAACUGGACCGGAUCUGCUUUGCGCACUCGUUCCUCGGUCUGGAUGAUGGAGUUGGAGGUGGAGAACUGCAGGCAGCGUGUUUUCCAGCUGUCGCUCCUCCUGCUUUGCUUCUUGACUCUCCGCAGCUCGGCCAUCGAGACUGUGAAUGUGGUGGACUUUUGUGGCCAGACGAUCCGGGGUGACGGCAUGAUUGUCAACUCACACCAGGAAUCGAAGAAGUACUACUUUGUGACUAUGGGGACCGACUGCCACCUCACCAUGCAGGCCAGCUCUCUGAAAGACAAGGUCCAAUUCCACUUUCGCUUCUUCCUGGUCUAUAGCUUGCUUAGGGUGGCCCCCCUGAGUCCUGCCCCUCUCUUCCCAGAGUCCCCUCGUGGCUCCGCCCCUCUUAACCCCAGACUAGAACCUACCUCUGGUGAGACGCUGGGGGACCCAUGUCACGCUGGCUCAUACGUUCAGUUUUAUGAUGGUCGGGAUAAGAGCUCGCCUCCCCUUGGACCUCCUCUUUGUGGGAAGAGCCCGCCCCGGCCAGUGCUGUCCACAGGAAACUACCUGACUCUAAGGCUGGUGACCAGAGGCACUCAGCCCAGGGUGGACUUUGUGGGGGACUUUACUUCGUUCAGACUGGGUUUUAACCAAUCAGAGUGCAGCAAUGAGCCCUACUUCACCUGCAGGAAUGGGAAAUGCAUUCCUCUAAGUCUGGUCUGUGAUGACAAAGGCAUUGACAAUUGUGGCGAUGGAAGCGACCUGGAGGAAAACCUUACCACAGGGUGCAAAGCAGGUCAGCUUUUGCCUCCUGAACCUCCGCCACCAAUGGCAACCCCACCCCCAACCUUUAUGAAUCCACCCACAAUGCCGAUUCCAACUCACAUGAACUGUGCCGUGCCAGACAGCGCUCCUAGUCAUGAGUCAGUAACAGACUCUCCUGCUUCCUUGUCCCUGUUAAUUCUCUACAUCAUCCUGGGCGUAGUGGUGGGAGGCACAGUGCUCUGCUGGUGCUGCUGGUCACCUGGCUGGUUUCUGUGGCGCGUCAGCAUCUGUCGCUUCUUACCCUGCUGCAACUCGACCUGUGCUUCCUGCCAGCUCUGCGCUCACAGCUGCACCAACAAUCAGGAGCACCGACUGGCAAAAGUCACCCCACACACACCGGUCAAUGGGACACCAAGGGGCACAGCUGCCACCACCAACAGUGCCGAAGAAAAUGUUACCACAGCAGCUGUGUAGCGCACAGGGACCGUCCACCUGAUCAGUUUUGAAACACCGAAACAUGGGUACAAUAUGCUAAUGCUGAAUUGUGACCAGUGAUGGACAUGACCAAGAAUCUUUAUAGUGAAGGUUGGACUGAUGUGGUCUAGAAUGAAAUGUUGACAUCUAAAUAUAGAGGUCUUGUUUAUGGAUAAACUGUGUGUUGUGUGCUUUAAAUGCAACAAUGCUGGUGAGACUGUUGUUUAUGUUGCUACGAGAAGGUUCAGCAGGGUAUAGUUUGAUUAUGGAUUGUAUCAAAGCAUACGUUUAUCUGUAAGGGUUCUUAGCAUAACUUUAAAACAUUUUUGUUAACAGCACACAAUUCACUUGUUAUGAAAUUGUCUUACAUGUUAUAAUGGUAGAAUAAUCUGUUUAAGAGGCUGCCUAUUAAGUUUGACAACUUUGUCAGUUUUCAGACAAUGAUCAUUGUAAAGUUGUUCGUGUAAGCAGUUUUCAGUCCUGUACUUGUUUGUUACUGAUAAACAAGCUGUUUUCACUAUGCCUUAGAAGUCAACAUUUAGUUGUGCAGUGAAACUACACUUCCAGUCCACAGCGUUGACCAAAAGUAUGCCCUGGACACAUGCAGAGAAAAAAGCCCCAGAGUCACCCACCUGGUGACAACAGCUGCUCUCCCUUGGAGACUUUUUACUCUCUUCCCAGCAGUCCACUGUUGUUCCUCAUAACAGGCAGUGUGACGUGUGGACAAUGGAGCACAAAGUUAUCUAGUGUCUGGAAGUCAGUCUUUCGGUCAAAUUUAAGGAAAUUAAUUAUGAAUUUCUAACAUGCUAUAGUGUUUACACAAUAAAUGCCUGACAAUUCACAACAAAAAAUCUUGCGAAUUAAAAAAUUCAAAUCAGUCAAGCUUUGUCAGGUCAAGUCCAUAAAACUAGCUGUGGUGGGAAUAAAGCUAAACAAUAAAAUGGUGACAAUUUCAAAUUAAAGUAAAUUAAGUACAAUUAACAUAUGUUUCAAUUGAAAAUAAUGUGAAUUAUUUUACACACAAAAAAAAAAACAUUUGACAAGCAUUUGCCAUUUUCUCCUUUACCAUCUAAUGAAGUGCUGAAACCAGAAAAGACUGUCAUUUCCUGAACUGUCUACAUCAUGGCUGUAUGUCAGUCACGUAUUUCAUUAGCGUGUUGCGUUUGUGUGGUAGUGGACUGACAUGUGACUCUAUAAAGAAGAUUUUGUUGGGUAAAUUAGUUCACUUUGUUCCAUCGUGUAGCUGUUGAAUCACAUCUGUGUUUUUUUGUUUUUUUUUUAAACAUGCUGGUGAAGUAAAAGGCUUGUUUCGUAGCCACUUUUGCAGCACUGCCCAAGCUAUGGCAAUGCUGGCUAUCUGUCCAGCCUGGAAUUUCUCGGGACCAUUUCAUAUACUGCCAAUGAAAUGUGGUUUUCAGUGAAUUUUCUCUCAGAAUACAUAAUGGCUUUAUGGUACACACAUUCAUAUGUCUGUGUAGAUACUCAGUCAUCCGGGUCCUGCUCUUCGUUAUGAGAACUGAAGAAGCCUGUUUGAUAAAAGGGGAAAUACAUUAAAGAACCAAAAGGAGA